CAGAUAACUCCCGGAUUCCGGAUUCCCCUGCGAUCUACCUUUACCUGGCCAACACCCUUUGGAGCAACUACCACUUAAUCGUUUCCCGCAUCUCGAAAAUCAGAAAAAAAUCAUCCAAGAUGGCACCCAAGAUCGCAAUCGUUUUCUACUCGAUGUACGGCCACAUCAGGCAAUUGGCCGAGGCCGAGAAGAAGGGCAUUGAGCAGGCCGGUGGCACUGCCGAUCUGUACCAGCUCGCCGAGACUCUCUCCGAGGACGUGCUCGGCAAGAUGCACGCCCCCGCCAAGCCGACCGACAUCCCCAUCCUUGAGGACCCCGCUGUCCUGGAGAACUACGACGGCUUCCUCAUGGGCAUUCCGACUAGGUACGGGAACUUCCCAGCGCAGUGGAAGGUGUUCUGGGACAGAACGGGCAAGCAGUGGAGCACCGGCGGGUUCUUUGGCAAGUACGCCGGGCUGUUCAUCUCGACGGGCUCGCUCGGUGGCGGGCAGGAGUCGACAGCCAUCGCAGCCAUGUCGACGCUCGCGCAUCACGGCAUAAUCUACGUGCCACUGGGCUACGCAAAGACUUUCCCCCUGAUGGCGGACCUGAGCGAGGUGCACGGAGGCGGGCCGUGGGGCGCGGGCACUUUUGCUGGUACCGACGGCAGCCGCCAACCCAGUGCUCGGGAGAUUGAGAUUGCCCAGACGCAGGGCGGGCUCUUCUACCAGGCGGUCGCCAGGGCCACCGCGCCGACUCUGGCCACGCAGAACGGAGGCCAAAGUAGUAAUGCUGCACUACCAGCGGCAGCGAAGAAGGAACAGCCGGCAUCGUCGCAGCCACAGACAAACACUCGGGCAGAAGAGUCUAAAGAGGGGCCUUGUGGGCUGCCGGGGAAGUGUGCUAUCCUUUAAUCCGUAAAUUCAAUUGAUUGCAUGAAUUACUCGAGUAUGAACCUUGCCAGAAGCGCUUCCCAGUGUCCAUCU